CCCUUUGUUGUGUUUUCACUUCAUGAGGAAGUAGAGCUGAGAUGGGCCGCGAGGAGUUGACGUUCCGUCUGAACGACGAGGAGUACAAGAACUGGCUGAAAGCAGGACGCUGCCUGCUCAUCCUGAAGGACGGCCUCCUUCCGUUCACCGACCAGCAGCUGAGAGCUUUCCACGGAGAUUUGCUCAACCAGUAUCCUCCCCUGCGGAGACCCUGCGAGACCUCUUCCUGUAAACCCAGAGGAAAUACGCUUGUCUCGGUAUGCAGGGUGUGUGCAGAGUGGCAGAGAGUUAUCCUGAAACACCACAGACAGCCAGAUGGCACAAUCCACUGGACAAACUGUGUUCCACGUUACUGGAGGACGGACCACUGGGAGCUGGCCAAGGCGUACAUGCCACGAGGUCAGACUAAGGUGAGCCGCGCCGACGAGUUCGACGCCUCGGCUCUGCUCAACCUGAUCAACUACUGCGACUGUUUCAGCUCCGUGGAUCCGAAGCUGGUGAGACAGGUGAUUCAGUGCAGGAACGAGCUGAUGCACUCUUGCGAGUUUCGGGUGAAGGACGACUGGAUGAGGCGCUACAGGACGGCUCUGAGGCACUUUGUGCAGCAGCUGAGCUUCGUGCCCCACAUGCUGACCGUCGGGAGGCAAAUCGAAGACAUGCUGACCGUAGAUCUUUCGAUACGCGUGUUUGGUGUCGACCGACUGGACUCCGCUGGCCCAUCGGCCGAUUCGGACCCUGACUCGCCGGAGUCCGGCACCGAGUCGGUCAGCCGGUGGGAAGCCGAGCUGCUGCGGGAGAUGCUGCGGGAGUGUCUGCGUGCUGCUAACGAGGAAGACGAGGAUGCAAAGACGCAUGACGCGGAGCAGCUGAAACGGCUGCGGGGCUUCCUCCAGGCAAACAAAGAUCUAGGAGAGCAGUUCUCCUCCGAGCUCCAAGCUAUCGACUCUCUGGAGGCUAAAGGAGGAGAAGAAAGUUAAAAGAGAACCAGAGUAUGUUUUGCACUCUAUGUGGGCUGGUACUUGGUGCUUAAAAUGGUCUGAGGUCAGAACAAGUUGGGGAACAGCAGUACACAGUUUAUUGUUUCGACUGUAUGCACUUAUUAAAAGGGAUACGGGGGACAAAUGUAAAAAAAAAUUGUAAGAAAAAAUCUUUGGCUACCAAUAAUAUCAACUGUCUGUUUAUAUAUCUAGCAAAAAUAUCCAAAGAUUAUUAUUUUUAAAUAAUUUACUGUUUUAAUACAAAAUGUGGCUUGACUUAAAGGCCUUUUAUUUUAUAUCUUUUAUGUUGGAGAAGGCUAUUGAUAGCUUUUCUCCACCUUUAACUACAAUAAUCCUCCAUCACGACAGCAUGUCUGUGUUUUUAGCAAUGGUUUGAUUCACAGCUUUGAAUGUUCUCCUGUUCAAACAGGCUCAAAAUCCGACAUUCAGGUCCAAAUAAAACGUAGAAAAAUGAAA